GAACCGCCCUCAGCUUGUACCAGCGCUCCCCUUCCCUGGCAGCACAAACAGCUCAUCACAUUUUCUAACAAUGGAGAGAAAAUUAAUACCAAGCCCAAAGCUGACAGUCUGUUGGUGAUGUUGAGUGAAUUGUGUUUUUUGGUUGUGAUGCAUAUCUUGAUGUUUAGGUUUGCAAGUCAAAAUAUAUGAAAUGUUUUCCUACGCACUAAAAGGAUAUUUUGGUCAAAGUGGUGCGAACACAGCGCCCUGAGGAGCUCCGCAGCGCAGCUACAUUUACAGCAGAAACACCAUUCAAAGCCUGGACAGCUCAGACAAAAAGAUGAAAACAGAUUUUAAAAAUGCAUUUUAGUCCUUAUUUGAUUAAACCGAAGUUUAAACAGAAUUUACAGUUUUUACAGAAUUGCCAGUUUUAGGUGUUUUCACACCUGACAGUGUGAUAAACUCCUUCGAUUGGGACCAAAGUUGCAACAUUUGUUUCAUUUUCAGCUGAGUAACCUGUUCCCCUCCUCGCCUGUGGGGGCGCUGCACCAAGAGCAAAUGAAGGAAACGACACAAAAACAUCCAACAUACUUUUCUUUCAGUGUGGAAAUGCUGAGACAUGAGUUUUGCAUUUAAAAAACGUGUAGACAUAUUAAUAUUUCCACAGUUCAUUAAAUUAUUUCAAUACAACAUGUCAUUUUCAGGGUUUUCCUUCACCCUGCAUCCAGGAAAUGGCGGGAAUAACCAUGGUAACCAGUGAUAGGAAGUUCUGAGUCGCUAUUUUUUAAAAUAUGUUUCAAAAAUAAAAAUCAGGUCUACGCAGUCACUUAAAUCAAGAAUGCAGUAAUUGUGCUUUGCCUGCAGGUGGCGAUAAUGUCGACUAAACCAGAUUUAAGGGAAGAUCCUGGAUAGUGCUGGCCUAAAACGCUGCUGUCCAUCUUUUCUUUGACAGACUUCAUCACUUGUGUUUAUUGUAAAUUUUCUCAAAAACAUUUUUGUAAAUUUUUGUCAAAAACUUUGUAUUGAUGCCAACUCCGACCUGCAGGUGGCAGUAUUUCUUAUUUUCACCACUCUGCUGCCUCAGCCUGACCUGAUGUCAGGUUAUCUGUGAUGGCUGUGUUAAGCUAGCUCUUCUCUUAAAAAAAUUAAAAUGUUUGUCUGCCUGAUUUUUUUCUUUUUUUAGAUUUUGGAAGGAAAAAAUGUUGCCAGUGAUUCUUGAGAAUAGGGACAAAACAGGUCCCAUGGAUAAAGUACAAAAUUUGAAUAAAAUAUACACCAAAUAUAUAUUUUUUAAAUAUCUGACUAAACUAACCUGGGUCAUCUGAGCACAACAAUGUAUGUUUUCCUGGUGUUUGCUGAAUAUUUUUUUAUUUUAAACAUUGUAGUAGGUGAAUGGUGUCUGUAAAAGCCCUUGUCCUGGUGUAGAACUCAAUACAUUAUCAUAGUUUAAAAGAACUAAAAUAAUUAUAUUUAGUUGUCAUAAUAUAUUAUUUUAUAAGUAUUCAAACAACUAACUUCAUAACUAUCAAUGAAUGCAAUUAAAAGUCAUUUAAUGUAUUUUCAAAUUCAAUUGAAAUUGUGUCCUCAGUUUUUGUCAACACCGUCAGACAUAGAAAGAAUGUGAAAAAAAUCAGGCAUUAUUGAAGGGCACCAGAAAUUCUGAGGACCCCAUGACCACUUCCUUUCUCUUCCUGUGCUUGGGGGGAUAAGCAGCUCUGGUAAGCUUAUAUUAUUCUUUUGUUUUUUCUUCUUUUUUAUUCCUAAGUUGUUUGUCACAACCAUAAAGUGUCAACACCAUAAGUAACAUUUUUCAAAAUUUUGAUGAAAUUUUGUUAAAUAAAUGCUUAAUUUUAGUAUAUUUUAAGGAUUUAAAAGAACUGAUGAGCUACAAUAUGGCCUCCUUCAGAAUAUCAUCAUAUAAAUGAAGUUAGCAUGGCGUUUUGUCAACUCCGUCAGAUGUCAACUCCAUCAGAUUUUUUAACUGACGGUGUUGACUCUCUUAGUGAUGGUGUUGACAAAUGUCACUUAAGUGUGCAGUUAAUUCAUUUUACUGUAUUUUACAUAAUUGACAGCACUUCACAUUCAUCAUGUAUUUCUUUUUAAAAAUGUUUCUGAUUAUUUUCAGCAACUUGUAAAGUUUAAUGGUUUAAAUUUAAUACAAUUUUAUUAGUCCUUUAAAAUUAAUAAGAUGUAGUUUAUUUUGUAAGGGAAGGGUAUGUUUAUCCCAUGACAAGCAGUGUACUGAUGAUAAUUGCCUAUAUUUCAGGCUACAAUGGCCAGAGAAAAGCUGUCAGUGGAGGAGCGCAAGAGAAGGAACAGGGAGUAUCAGAAAAGAAGGAGAGAAAAAAUAAAUAGCCAGCCUGAGCUGAAGGAAGAGUUUUUAAGAAAGGAAAGGAAAAGAUGGAGACAGAGAGUGGAAGAGGGAAAAAUAAAACAUAUCAAUAAUCUGGGUGAAAGAGAUAAGAGACAUAAGAGAAGACUUUGGAAGCAAAAACAAAAGGAGGCAAGAGAACGCAGAAGUACAAUCCUGUCACUAUGGACAAAAUCUCCCGCAGAUCACACUUCACACAGGCAUGUUCUACACUGGGCAACAAAAAGCAGGAUUCUGCACAAUCUCGGAGUCAAAGCGUCAGGAUGCUGCAGCCAUAUGGACCUAUAUGGAUCAAAUCCUCACAGAUAUUCACAUCAGAUAUCCGGCUAUAAACACUAUCCACUUUUGGUCUGAUGGUCCAAGCAAACAAUAUAAAAAUAAGAAGAACUUCUUUCUCCUCUGUGUUGUCCCGCAACGUCUGGGAUUUGAGAAAGCUACAUGGAAUUUCUUCCCAACAUCACAUGGCAAAGGCGCUCCAGGUGGCAUUGGGGUGACGGUGAAGAGAUGUGCUGACAGUAUUGUGCUGAGAGGUCAGGAUAUCAUAGAUGGCAAAUUAUUCUUUGACAAGGUGUCCAACAGCUUAAGUGGUGUCAAGCUGCAAUUUGUGACAAAUGAAGAUUUUCAGUCUUAUGACUCUCUCCUCCUGCAAACCCUGAAAUCAAUUCCAGGAACAAGAAACAUUCACCAAGUGCUAGCUCAGGGGAAUGUCAUCCAUUGUAGGUUCCUUUCAUGUUUUUGCGGAGAGCCACAGAUUUGCAAGUGCUUCAGUCCCACCAUUCACUCUUUUGGCAACACAACACAGGACCCAGAUGUCCAUGAAAGUUCAACCACUGCUAAAGUUCAAAAUCCUCUGGAGAUGCUGAUGGAGGAAAUGGAGAAGGAGCCGAGCAAGACACCUAAAGGAACAACAACCCUGAUAGAUCCUUGUGAUGUCCAAAGUGAAGACUGGCUUGUUGUGAUGUAUGAUGGAAAAUGGUGGCUGGCUAAAGCCUUACAAAUUGACAAAGAGCACGAAGAUGUACAAGUGGAAUUUUUUCAUCCUCAUGGACCAACUCUUAGCUUCAAGCAAAAACAAGGUCGUCGGGAUAUCUGCUUUGUGCCAUUUUCGGAUGUCCUAGUUAGGCUGAGAAAACCAUCCUCACCAGUCCGCACAAGCAGCACCAGGGGUGUAUACCGCAUUUCACCAGCUGUUAUGGAUUUUAUUGAAGGAGAAUAUGUGACACGUCUAUUGCCUGGGGAUUAAAUAUUCUGACUUUUAAGCGAUUUAGAAAGAUAUGAAUUAGUUCACAAUAUAUUUCAAAAAGUUCUGUCGUGUAUAUUUUUGUUUGUAUUCAUCUUUUACAUUUUGAUUGAAAAUCGUCCUGGUUGACUUCAGUGACAAAGGUACAUUCUCAAAAAUUUAGAUGUUCCUUGAAAUCUAAAUAUGGUUAUUUCACAUUUUUUCUUCAUAUCUUCACAUUCUACAACAUUUCAGCAUUUAAUUCUUCUUAAAUGUCAUUUCAAGUUCAGUGUUUUCUUUUUACUUACUAGUUUGUCACCACCAUCAGUUUUGUGUCAACACCGUCAUGUGCCGUCAACUCUGUCAGAUGUAGUUUAUGUUGCAUUUUGUUUAAAAUAACAUUUAUUUUGUUUCUUGAUAGGCAUUUGUUUGUGAAAUGUCUGAAUUCAUGUAUUUGGUGCAUAUGUGUUUUUUACUAAUAAAUGACACUGUUCAUUGUGGUGAUUACUUUCAAAAUUGUUUUUUGUAUCAAUUGAACUGGAGUAAUUAAAUACAGACUAAAUAAAUGUUUAAA